GACCUGGGACUUGCUUGGCUACAGCUUAUCGUUGGCUCAACACUAUAGUCGCCGAAGUCAUAUUUGAAUGUAUUCGGGAAAGUCCAGUUCCCUCGAUUCAGCUUCUGGUGACAAUAUCUACACUGAAGAUUGAAAAUGGCCCAGCGUCGAAACUUCCUCUCACUGUGGCUUCUGCUGCUUUUUGACGUCUCUGGAAGUGCUGUCAAGUUUUCAAUAUUCAAGAAACCUCCAGAGGCUCAAGAAGGCGCCAUGAGGCUUUCCGGCUCUGAGAGACCCUGGGAGGGCCGCGUGGAGGUCUACCACAAUGACCGGUGGGGAACCGUGUGCGACGACGGUUGGGACAUGGCUGAGGCUCAAGUGGUGUGUCGCCAACUCAACUUCCCAGGAGCCAAAUCUGUCAUCGUUGGAAAGAACUACGGACAAGGGGGUAGGUACUUGGAGCACCAACUCCACCAAACUAGAUAUCAUCAUCUCACCACAGCGUCAGGUCCCAUUUGGCUGGAUGACGUCAAAUGUGACGGCACAGAGAUGAGUCUCUUUGCCUGUCGUACGGAGAACUGGGGAGUGACCGACUGCACACACAAAGAGGAUGUCGGCGUGAUUUGCGAACCACCAAACACGAACGUGACUGUCUGGAAUUUUACACACUACCUGGACCACAGCAUCAGCCUGUCGGAUGAUCUGGGCGCCCUACUCGACAGCGGGAGAGGUUGUGAUUUCCUGCUAGUCUUCGAGAGCGCCGCGGGGAACAAAGGCGACAACGACACCCUGGAGACCACCAUCUGCACGCACAAAGCCAUCCUCUCACUAUUCCGUGUCUUUAACAUGUCUGAGGGCAUCACGAUAAACGUCAGCCUGGCUUGCCAGCCUUAUGUCACCUCCUUCGUUAGAUACCUAUACACCCGCAAAAUGGACGUGACCGUCUCCUCGGCACAGUGCCUCCACCAGCUAGCAUCCGAAUUUAAGUUGAAGCGACUGAUGGGGGACAUAGGCCGUCUGUUCACACAGAUCCGACCAGACGAUUCCUCAUUUCAAACCCAGUUGUCUCUUCUUCAGUACGCCACACAAACUGAAGACAUCAUCCUGUGGGAGAACUGCAUGCAGUAUUUGGCCUGGAAUUUUCACAAGCUAACCCAGUCCCCGGCUUGGCUCAACCUCUCCUGGGAAGUCCUCGGGGAACUUCUGUCCCGUUCGGACCUGGUGGUGCCAGAUGAAUAUUUUGUGCUGCAGACCGUGGAGAGCCUGAUACAGGAGAAGGGUAACAGGUCUACGUCGGAAGCCCAGGUUAAGCUACUAAACAGUGUCCGCUUCCCGAUGAUCCCUGCGGAGAAAUUGUACGAGCUAGAGAUCAACUCCUCUCUGUACGACAUUCAUAAGAACGUGUAUCAGGAGAUGAUGUUGAAAGCGUUGCAGUUUAACGUGCUGCUCUUCAACAAGCUUGCUGCUCACCCGAAGUUCAGCAGAGAUGACCAUUACCAGCCCAGGAUCUACACCGCCGAGCCGUGGGGCGUGGUCAUUAAUGCUACGAAUAGUGCAGGAAAACCAAAUGUAGAGCGCGUUCGAAAUUCACACAGAAGAGGGAGUCCGUACUAUGAUAGGUACGGUAACUCCAUGCAUCGGUAUCACACACCAUAUGAAGAAACUUCAUCCGAAAGGUUCAGCACACGUCGCCACGGAAGCAUGCUCUUCAAGAACGACACCGUGGAUUGGGUGGCGAAUGUCUUCAAGACUCAAAGUGAGUGUUCUGACCAAUUGACAACUUGCGAAUCGGUCCCUGCGGCUAUGCUAGUUCAGCAAGGAUUCACCCGUCGGGAAGACAUCAUCUACCGGAACCGGCUCCUCGUCAUUUGUCAAGAUAAGUACGUGUGUCAGGUUCAGGAGUUCAAAAACAACAUGGCCUACGUUGCAGUCAACGGUACCAAAGUUCCGACCUACCCGUGUCCCAGUGAAAAGUACAUAUACCACUUUGUCGUGAGGCCAGAGUACAUCUAAGUACAUGGAUGUUUCGCUCUCUCUCCCACCCAUUAGAAACGAUUUCCCAUCACUUUAACUCAAUAAAUAAAUGGCAUUGA